GAUAACGGAGAGCACACAGGUUUUUUGGUUUCCACGAUAUAAUUACGUCUUUUUAAAACGAAUUCUACCUUCGCAGAACAACUCACAAACAAGCGUCAGAGACAAGAUGAAAGUUAUCCUAUUAAUUUCGUUGCUGACCGUGUUCACAAUCGAUGGCAUAUACGGUCAGAGAGACGGAGGCCGCACCCUUCCAGAUGAUGAGUAUUCCCGCCAUAUUUUUACUAGAUUGAAUGGAAAUAACGAUAGUCAUAUUGAUUUCCAUGAAAUAAAAUUCGCUUUCACUAAACUCGACAAAGACGAUGAUGGAUUCGUGAGUAAAUUAGAAUUUGUAGAGGCAGUACAGGCGAAAGAACAUCCGCAGAAUGCAAAAAUAUUUGGGAUGUUUGAGAAACUGGAUACUGAUAAAGAUGGGAAGUGGAAUUUAGUAGAUAUGAGAAGAACAUUUAACAUCAUGGAUGACGAUGGUAACGGCGAACUCACUGAUGUUGAAUUUAUUCCAGCAUGGAUCAAAAUGAUGGACUCUUAAAGCACCGUUGACGUGAUGCGAUUUAUUUCCUGAUAAACAGUUUAGAAAUAAAAAUUAUAAUAGAUAUAAAACAAAAAAAGGUCA